AUGUUUUGUCAUGUGAUCAAAAGUGGUCGCAUCUGAUUGGUCCCUCGAAAGCGAUUUCCUUUCCGGGAAGAUUGCAGGGUGUUGAGAAUGGCAGAACGUGGGGAUAAGGAAGCUUUUGUCACCUUGGCAACAAAUGACACAUAUGCUUUAGGAUGUCUUGUCCUGGGAAAUUCACUUCGACAGAGGGCAAAGACUACUCGCAAGCUAGUUGUCAUGGUUACACAAGGAGUCUCACAGUCAAUGAGGAACCAGUUAUCCCGAGUUUUUGACAUGAUUUAUGAUGUAAAUCUGCUGGAUAGUAGAGACUCUGCGAACCUUCAGUUACUAGGCCGACCUGACCUUAGCGUGACCUUCACAAAGCUUCACUGCUGGCGACUUACAAUGUUUGAGAAGGCUGUAUUUUUAGAUGCAGACACACUG